AUGCCUCGGCAAAUUACAUGCGAAGGCGAUAUCAUAAACAUACAAAUUCACGGAUUUGCCGACGCAAGUAUCGAUGCAUAUGGUUGUUGUUUGUAUUUACGCACCACCAACUCCAGCGGCGUACACACUUCGAAAUUAAUAUGCGCUAAGUCUAAGGUCGCACCAUUAAAGAUUAUAUCAUUACCUAGACUUGAAUUAUGUGCCGCACUUUUACUUGCAAGAUUAGCGAGCAAAAUAAUUCCAAAAUUACAUGUGAAGAUUAGUAAAAGUUAUUUUUGGUCCGACUCAAAAAUCGUCCUAGCUUGGAUUACUUCUCCUUCAACUAAAUGGACAACAUUCGUAGCUCAUCGGGUCAGCGAAAUACAAGAGCGGACUUCUAUCACAAAUUGGUCACAUGUUUGUACUAAAGAGAAUCCCGCCGAUAUUAUUUCACGCGGUUGCUGUCCAUCGAAAUUAAGUCAAAUGUCAUUAUGGUGGUUUGGACCUGAGUGGCUAAUUAGAGACGAACAGAUACGUAAUAACAACGACAAUACGUCGAAUUUAGUAAUACCUGAAUUACGAGAAAUCACUAUUUCAAAUGUAUGUAUCGACUCACACAAUGACAACCUUUUAUUAUCAGUCUUAAAUAAGUAUUCGUCUAUGAGCAGAUUGUUCCACGUAAUAGCAUAUUGUUUACGCUAUAAAUACAAUUUAUUACAUAAAGGGUCAAGGUUAACUGGUUCACUUAGCAAGGAAGAAAUUAAAAAUGCCCGUGUCGUAAUAAUAAAUACUAUUCAAAAGAAAGAAUUUUAUUCCGAAAUACAAGAUUUAAUGAAAUUAAAAAAUGUCAAAGCAUCAAGUAAAUUACUUCGAUUGUGCCCUUUCAUAGACGACGACGGUUUAAUAAGAGUGGGAGGACGUUUGAAAAAUGCUACAAUGAUGGACAUUAAUCAGCGGCAUCCGAUCGUUUUGCCCGCAGAUAAUCAUUUUACGCGCUUAUUGUUCAAAUGUGAACACGAACGAUGUAUGCACGGUGGACCACAAGCCACCUUAUCAGCGAUACGUUUACUAUAUUGGCCAUUAAAUGGUCGAAAUAUAGCUCGAAGUACGGUACAUCGAUGCGUAAAAUGUUUUCGAUAUAAGCCGGUCAUAAUACAACCAAUUAUGGGUCAAUUACCUGCCGAUCGCGUUGAACCAGCGCGUCCGUUUUUGAAAUGUGGAAUCGACUUCGCGGGACCGUUCUUAAUUAAAUCUAGUAUACGCCGUAACGCGCCUUUACUAAAGGGUGAUGUAUGUAUUUUUGUAUGUUUUACGACUAAGGCCGUACACAUAGAAUUAGUCGGAGACCUAUCCACGCAAGCAUUUAUUAGUGCUCUAAAUCGAUUUUUUGAUAGACGCGGAAAGAGUAUAACUAUAUACUCGGAUAAUGUAACUAAUUUUGUUGGUGCAAGUCAUAAAUUAAAAGAGUGGUACGACUUAUUCCAAACAGAACAACAUAAGAAGAAGGUCGAGGAAGUGCUAUCAGAAAGUGAAGUCCAAUGGAGAUUUAUACCCCCGCGUUCUCCGCAUUUCGGUGGAUUAUGGGAAGCAGCCGUUAAAUCAAUGAAAAAUCUAGUUCAAAAAACAUUAGGCAAUGUUCAUUUGACGUAUGAAGAACUGUAUACUGUACUCACUCGCACUGAGGCCUGUCUCAAUUCCCGUCCACUUACUCCUAUUUCUACCGAUCCAAAUGACUUGUCAGUAUUGACGCCAGGUCAUUUCUUAAUAGGUGACUCUCUAUUAGCCAUUCCCGAACCUGACAUAGCGAAUGUCAACAUAAACAUAUUGACACGAUGGCGUAGAUUGAACCAUUAUUCCCAAAUCAUUUGGAAAAAGUGGAGUCGGGAAUAUUUAAAUCAACUCCAGGAGAGGAAAAGGUGGGCAGUCGAGAAAGGGCCUAAAUUAGACAUUGGUACUGUGGUCCUAGUUCGUGACGAAAAUCUUUCCCCCCUGUAUUGGAAAUUGGGUAGAGUAACAAGCGUGCAACGGGGUCCUGACGAAAUCAUUCGUUCGGCUGAGGUCAAGUUGGAAAAGGGUUCAAUCACACGAGCAGUACGGAAAUUGUGUCCCCUCCCUUUUGACGGGAAUGAAAAUAAAUAG